AUGAAGGAAGCGAGAGAAGAAACUUCAAGAUACCAGAGGAUAUUGGCUCAGGAGAAUACGCCAACAAAAUAUGCAAUUAAAAAAUUUAUCGACAAUAAGGAGGUUUAUUUAACGAAAAUGGUUAAUUCUCAUGCAAAUAUAAUCCAAUUUCAUGGAGUUACAAAAAUAGAAGAUGAAGAAAGGUAUUCACUUGUUCUCGAUUAUGCGGAAGGUGGAACACUAAGAGAUUAUUUAAGGAACAAUAUUAUUGAAUGGAAGACCCAAAUAAGGUUUGCCAGAGAUUACAAAUGCGAUUUUAUGGUUGCACGAUUAUAA